AUGUCUGCAACAACGACAACGGCGGCAACUGAAUAUGGAUUGGAGGAUCUCCGUUCCAGCGCUCUCGACAGCCAGAGCCGGUGGUCCACUCUGCGCCAAACCCGGGCUGGCCGACUGGAAGAUACGACGAGGCUGACCGACCCCGACCCAGCACUCGAGGCGUCGCGCCUGGCCGACAGCACCGUUCCCGACGGCGGCUACGGCUGGGUCAUUGUCAUGGCCUGCGCGGUCGUGGCCUUUUGGAACAUCGGCAUCAGCUACUGCUGGGGCGUGUACCAGGGCGCCUUGGUGGAACGGGGCGUCGGGUCGCCACUGGUGCUCUCAUUCUGCGGCUCGCUGUCGCCGGCGCUCAUGUCGGUCGUCGCCCUGUUCGCUGCGUGGGCCAUGCGGUCGCUGGGAACGAGGAAGAUGGCGCUCGCAGGCGUCGCGAUGAACUCGGUGUCUCAGAUCGGCGCCGGCUUCGUUGCCGACAGCGCCGUCGGCCUCUUCUUCCUGCCGGGCAUCCUGCUCGGCGUGGGCAUGAGCGCGGGCUUCAUGGCCAUCUCGCUAGCGCCAGCACAGUACUUCAAGAGGAAACGCGGCCUGGCCAACGGCAUUGUGUACGCGGGCGGCGGUCUCGGCGGCGCCGUCAUGAGCAUCGCCGCCAAUGCCAUGAUUGAGCAGUACGGGGUAAAAUGGGCGUUUCGCAUCACCGGUAUCGCGCUCGCCGUCACGGGUCUUCCGGCCGCGUGGCUCAUUGUUGAGCGCACGCCUAUCCAGGCCACCGGACUCGUCGACUGGACGCUCUUCCGGCAGCCCAACUUCGGCAUCCUGUUCUUGGUGGGCCUGGUGGGCGUGUUCCCCCUAUUCGUGCCCCCCUUCUUCAUCCCCCUUUACGGACGGUCCAUGGGCCUGAGCAGCUCGACAGGUGCCGCCGUCUUGGCGGGCUUCAACUUCUCGUCGGCCAUCGGCCGCAUCCUUAGCGGCUACCUGUGCGACAUUCUAGGGUCACUCAACACGUUGUCGAUGUUCCUCAUCAUUAACGCGCUGAGCAUGAUCGCGCUGUGGCCGGCAUCCACCAGCCUUGCGCCAUUGGUGGUGUUUGCCAUUCUCAACGGACUCACGAAUGGCGGUGUGUUUGCAACCAUGCCGACGGUGGUGGGCAACGUAUUCGGGUCUGCUCGCGUCUCCACGGCCAUGGGCAUGAUCGUCACGGGAUGGGUGUUUGGCUAUCUUUUUGGCGCACCCAUUGCUGGCUCCUUGCUCGAAGCAUACGGCGGUACAGAGGUCGGCUUGCACGCGUACAGGCCAGCCAUGUUCUAUGCGGGCUCGGUGACUCUGAUCGCGACGGCUUUGGCGGCACUGAUGCGGGCGAGAAUCAACAAGAAGCCGCUGGCCAAAGUGUGAUGUGAGCUUUGGCAAGAGUGCGGCUACUACAAAUUAUCCAGGUGCUUCUCGGCGGAGAUGUCAUCACAAUCAUGGCGGAAGAGAGGCUCUAACAUGCUGGAAGCGCUGCGGGAGCCAGGAAAUUACCAAGGGGCCACAACCACGCCACAGAUGGAUUGCGCGCAGAAGCAAGUCUGAUAGCUUGGUAAUAAGAACGGACUACGGCUCUGGCCUGGUGAAAUGAUCAAGACUUCAAGCCGACUGGAAUACCAAGGCGGGCAACUCGUGCUGCUUUAGGAGGAGCACUGGGUUGCCACGCCGAAAGACUUUGGUCUCUUACGAAGCUUAGGAAGUAUCGCUCAAGCUCUACCCACGAUAAACGCCUCUACGGCGACAUGAUUAUAUCUACCAAUCUAUCCAUCUUUC